GUAUGCAGUGGUUGAUAUCAAGCACAUAGUCCGUUUUGCUUUGUGUAAUGACCACUACGGCUGACGUUUUGCCUACCGAUGAAGACAACGAAGAAAGUCGUCCGGUGAACGACCAGGAGGCGGCAGAAAGCGAAAGCAAUCAACUAAGUGCCGCUAGCUCUAGUGAACUACCGUCUCCGGCGACAAAGCAUGAAGAACGCCUGAAGAGACUAGGAGAGCUUCGGAUGAGAUUGAAUGAAGCACGAAAGCGUAAUCACGCCGAGUACGUCGAGGAAGAUAGGAGAAGCAAAAUUCCGGCGAAUUUCGAGACAAGAAGACGACGUGCGGAAUGGGAGCUAGCAGAACAAAAAGCCAGAAAGGAAGCUGAGGAUCGAGGUGAAAAUUAUGAACGGUUGAAGGUGCUUGAUACUGGUGCUGAUGAAUUGGAGCGACUGGACAGAAAGAGAAAGAAGAAGAACCCCGACCAGGGCUUUUCAGGCUUUGCAGCUGCUCAGUUUCGCCAGUAUCAACGGCUGACACGGCAGAUGAAGUCUGACAUGGAUCAGUAUGAAGCACAAAAGGAGAGGCUGGGGGACAGUUUCUAUCCUUCUGUUGAUACACUGCUUGAUCCUCAAUUGACAAAGCCCAGUCCAGCAGGCGUUGAACGGAUGGUUCAAGAUUUGGAGAAACAAAUUGAGAAAAGAGGAAAAUAUAGCAGGAGACGGCAGUUCUUCGACGAAGCUGACAUCGACUAUAUCAAUGAACGUAACAUGAAGUUUAACCAGAAGGCUGCACGUUAUUAUGACAAAUAUACUGCAGAGAUUAAGCAGAACUUGGAGAGAGGAACUGCGGUCUGACCUUUGUUGUAAGAAAUCUGUUGGUAUUUCAUAACAUUGCAAGUAGGACUGAUUACAAUGUAAAUUCAGUAUAUCCAAUCCAUUUUACCUGCUAGUA